GGUCUCUUUGAGAAGAAUGGAUGAGAUUUUUGUAUUUUUUGAACAAACGAAUUGGAUUGAGGACGAAGUGGCAUUAUUUUUUUGCUGCAGAUGCAGUAGAAAAUUAUAAUUCUAUUGCAAUAACUGAAAUUUGGCUAACAGAAGGGAUAAAAGAUAUUGAACUGAUAGAUUGUAUUUAGGACAGACAGGAGCAAUGAAAACCUAGGUUUGGUGGUGUACUGUUGACUGUAAAGAAGAAAUUAAGGUAGAAUCAGUUCAAAUUAAUGCGCUUUGUAAUAAGCCGAAAAGAUGUUGAAUAUUUCACGAUUUUGUGGCGUUACCUCCUCACGAAUUGCCACACAAUUUCUAGGCGUAACAACUAGAAGUUUAAACAAAACUAAUCCCUUAAGAUGUUACCAAAAUGUAAUUUGUAGGAAGCCUCAGUUUCUUUUGAAAAACUAUAUUCAGGGGGCAACCCAAAGAGGAAGUGGCACAAUAUCCUUAAGACUAGCCUCAGACUCCUCACAAAAAGGGCAAAAAACUAUAGGCUAUUGGCUGUUGACUUGUAGCGGAAUGGUGUUUGUAGCUGUAGUUUUAGGUGGAGUCACUAGGUUAACAGAGUCUGGCUUAUCCAUGGUAACUUGGAAACUAUUGGGAGAAAAAAUGCCCAGAACCCAACAGGAAUGGGAAGAGGAAUUUCUUAAAUACCAACAAUAUCCUGAAUUCAAACUUAAAAACAGAGAAAUAACGUUAUCAGAGUUCAAAUUCAUUUGGCAUAUGGAAUAUGGGCACAGGCAAUGGGGCAGAUUGAUAGGAGCAGUCUUUUUGUUACCUGCAGCCUAUUUUUGGGCUAAAGGGAGACUCACUCCAGCUAUGAAAAAGCGAAUAUUGGCUUUUGGAACACUUAUAGGAGCACAAGGCCUAAUGGGUUGGUAUAUGGUGAAAUCUGGCCUGGAAGACAGGUUUCAUGAACAGAGUGAUGUCCCUAGGGUGUCCCAAUAUAGACUAGCCAGCCAUUUGGGGCUGGCUUUUCUACUUUACACAUUAUUCUUGUGGUCAGCACUUGACCACUUGCUACCUGCAGAGAAAAUUAGGAUAGACAGUGCCACAGUCCUUAAGGCCACAAGAAAGUUUAGGAUGUAUGCUCAUAUGACUAAAGGAAUGGUGUUUUUAACAGCCAUUUCAGGGGCAUUUGUGGCAGGUCUGGAUGCCGGUUUGGUUUACAACUCUUUCCCUAAGAUGGCAGAUAAGUGGAUUCCCGAUGAUAUUAUGGCAUAUUCCCCAAAGAUGGUUAACUUUACGGAAAAUCCUACUACAGUGCAGUUCGAUCAUAGGAUUUUGGGUACAACCACUUUGGGAUUGAUUACUGGACUGUGGUGGCUGAGUAGGAAGAGAAUUUUACCUAGGAGAGCUUAUAUGGCUGCCACUGCCUUGGCUGUUGUUGGAUAUUUACAGGUUGCUCUUGGCAUAACAACCCUCCUUACAUAUGUGCCAGUACCAAUAGCAGCCAGCCACCAAAGUGGUUCUCUCCUCUUAUUAUCGACGGCAAUAUGGUUAACGCAUGAGCUAAAAAAAUUACCUAAAUAAAUACUGAUUAGUAUCACCCUUACAUGUUGCAUUUUGUGAUAAAAAAUUGUAUUAUUAUAGGCAAUAAAAUGUUUGUUUUCUUACUA